UCAUCAACCCAAUCUUGACAACUCUUAACCUUAGCCUUGUCGAAAAGCUUACCCCAGCAACGCAACAUGGCCCACGUUCCCUCACAGCCCAUGACCUCCAUCUCCAUAAUGCAACUCGACCCAGACCAUAUCUCCUGCAUCGGUGGCAGGACAGUGAUAACCUGUCGAAACUGCGCGGGGAAUGCACCGAGAGGAGAAACCUGCCCAAGUUGCAACGGAAGAGGUUUCAACAUCUACAUCUGUCUACACUGUCAUCCAUCAGCGAUGGCAAUGACCUACACUCCUAGCAAGUAUAGCAGUAGCGGCACGAACACGAAGACGGGCAUCGAUAUCGGGACCAAAACCAGCAGGGAAGCAGCGACAAAUACAACGACCACUUCACUGUCUCUGAACGGGAGUUCGUCCAAAUCGACGACUGUCUCUGGGCUCAGUUCUAGUUCGAGGUCUACGAGAGAUAGAGGCAAGGGGGGAUUCCGCCAUGGCGAAGGUCUGGGGAUGGAAGGGGGGUUGGGUACGGGGAUGUAUAGGUUUCUAUCUUUCUUCUUUCUUCUUAUUUCUCUAGAUUUUUCUGGGGGUGUUAAUUGACUGGAUACGGCACGUUGUUCAAUGUAUAUUCAUUACACUCUAUCAAUUCUUUACAGAAGUACAGUACAAUGCCAGAAAUCUACCUGAUACCGAACACGUAGAAUCAGACAAACCCACAGAAACCCACUACAGAAAGAAAGAGAAAGAGAACUAAAAAUCCUCCGUUACAUUCAUUACAUUGGUAUCCCAAAUAUCCCACAUAAUCCACACUAGCCACACAAGGCGCACCCAAUUUAAAAGAUUCAACACCGUAUACAAAGUAACAAGAUCCCUUUCCAACCGCCGAAACUCAACCCUCAUCCGCAUCAACUCGAGCUGAUACUGCUGGAGUUCAUGAAAAGUCCCCCCCCGAGCAGUAUUCCGGUUGCUGCCUGUCGUUCCUAGGGGAACUGGGACUAGAAUCCUACGCCGAGGCUCGACGAUAGGCGGAGUAGCCCUGGCGAGGGGAUGAUGGGGGCUGUACUGGAAGUCGCGGAUUUUGGUGGCCAUGUAGAGGUCAGUUGUAGCCAUAGGAGGAGAGUUUAUUGAGGCUGAAUGCGAGGAGUGCCC